UAUGUUUGGCUGUCGCGAAAAAAAAAAAAAAAUUUGUUUGGCAUAAUUAACAGGAUCUGCUUUACACCAAAAAAGCCGAACCAGCAACGAAACAAAGCCUAUAGGUCUAUAGGAGCUAGCCUUAAACAUCACAUGAACUCCAACCCGCCCGCUUGAAUCCCAUGGUCAUGGCCCUUCCUAAUCUUGGCUCCUUCUCCAACCCAACCGCCAUCGCUUCCACCGCCGCAACUGCGUCGGCCUCCAACCCGUUAUCGCCUUCCGAUGAUCCGUCAAAGAAAAUUCGAAAACCCUACACCAUUACCAAGUCUCGCGAAAGCUGGACCGAACCCGAGCACGAUAAGUUCCUUGAAGCUCUUCAACUGUUCGACCGGGACUGGAAAAAGAUUGAAGCGUUUGUUGGAUCAAAAACUGUUAUUCAGAUACGUAGCCAUGCUCAAAAAUAUUUUCUGAAGGUCCAGAAGAGCGGAACCAAUGAACAUCUACCUCCUCCUCGGCCAAAAAGAAAAGCUGCUCAUCCUUACCCUCAGAAAGCCUCAAAAAGUGCUCCAGCUCUCUCACCGGUGACUGCAUCAUUUCAAGCUUCACUUCCAUUACCGGAUCCUGGAUUUGUAACAAGGCCUGAUACUUCUUUGUUACCUAGCAAUCCAGUUACUGUUGCAUCUAUGCCAUCAUGGACUGACAACUCUGUGUCACCAGUCAAUUUGUCCCAAAUGAAGAAAGAUAAUGUGAGAGAACCAGGUCAACCUGUGGCCAAUACUCAUUGUUGCAGUAGCAAUGAAAGCACUCCAGGAUCAAAAUCAACAGAUGAAGUGAUGGAGCGGACUCAGGGACCUUCAUUGAGAGUUUUGCCUGACUUUGUUCAAGUAUACAACUUCAUCGGCAGCGUAUUCGACCCUGCUGUUACCGGACACUUGCAGAAAUUGAAAAAAAUGGAUCGCAUUGAUGUUGAGACGGUAUUGUUGCUGAUGAGAAACCUCUCCAUCAAUCUUACAAGCCCUGAUUUUGAGCAUCAUAGGCAGCUGCUUUCAUCUUAUGAUAUGGACAUGGAGAAGCAGUGCAAAUCAAGUCAUCAAUUACAACCAACUUGAAAGUGCUGCUCACUUCGGGUACUGCAUAGUAUGGUCUUUGCAUACUAUUCAUCAUUUCUCUAUGUUCGAGAGUACUAUCGUCUGAGGAUACCAUAUUGAAAUUAAUGAACCCCUAGGGGAUAGGGACGAACGACGAGUGGAGGACCCAUAUAUCAUGAGAAGCCAGUUGUUUUUGUUUGAUAGCAGCUGCUAUUUUCACGUUUCAGAGUUCUGAUCUGUGCAGUUCAUAUUUGUGUACAUACUGUAAGAUAUAAACAGAGAUAAAAAUUGUGAUGCGGGAACUUAAUAUGUAAAGCUGGGUUUAUGUAAAUUCAAGUUUUGACAGAGUCCAGCCUCUGCAGUACUAGCAAAUUGUUUAUGCCAAUGUAAAUGAUUCAACAAGCGAGCUUGUUGAUUUUUACCAACACGUUUCUGUUUGGUUGCUGCAUAUCUACAGCUUGCUUACUUUUUGUUUCCCAUCACUGAUAAGAUGUUUGAGCUGCUCAAUCGGGAUGCUUUCGUGAGUCAACAGUUGAAUAUUAUAGGUACAUUGGCUCGUAGAGAUAGAACUGUUUUGGUUACUACUGGCAAAUUGCGAAGGUUUUGGUGCAACAAAGUUCACAGAAAUCGACUAGGAGUUCAUGAAUCUCCUGGGAAAGGAUUCUCAAGCUAAGUUGCUUGGCCUCCGUCUCCUUAGUUUAUUAGAUAAUUUGUCUAGCUAGUUCUGUAAUUUUUUUUGGUCAUAACUCCAGUUAAUAUGCUUACUGAAAUUCUCUAGUUGUCAACCAUUUGCUGCCUCUUCAUAGAUACA